UCAGUGCGGUCACAGUGGUGUAGUUAGCGUUGAACUCUGAAAGUAUCAGUACACAGCUGUGUUUUCACACAAGCAACUUACAAAAUCUGACUCUAAACGACUGAAAAUGUGCAAGAGGAACAGCACAGGAAUUGAUUCUGUGAGGAACAGAAGAUACAAAAGAGCUACAGUGUGUUUGGUGCUGCAGUGUGUUCUUCUGGUCGAGGCGAUCAUAUUGCUGGGUCUCGAACUCAGAACAAAGACUGAUGAGUAUGAAAACAGUGAGGACAAAUACAACCAACAAAGGAACAAGGAACGUGAUGAGAUCCAAGGCUUGUUAAAAGAGAAAGAUAAAUUGGAGAAAGACAUUAGCAACACGACUAAUCAAAAUAACCAGUUAAAUGAGGAGAAAAAACAACUGUUAGCACAAUUUUUGGAUGGAUGGAAGUGCAAUCAAUCCAGUUUAUACUACAUUUCCUCUGACACGAAGAACUGGGCUGAAAGUAGAGAAGACUGUUUGAACAGAGGAGCAGAUCUGAUCAUCAUAAACAACAGAGAGGAACAAGAGUCUUUUAAAACUAAUGCUGAAUUCUGGAUUGGUCUAAAUGACAGUGAUGUGGAGGGCACAUGGAAAUGGGUUGAUGGCAGCACACUGACCUCUGGGUUCUGGGCGUCUGGACAGCCCAACAUGGGCAAAGAGGAAAACUGUGCUGUGCUGAAUCCAUUAGGGUGGUAUGGUUAUCCAUGUGAUAAUGUUUUUAAAUGGAUAUGUGAGAGAAAAAAAGCACCUUAAAAUAAAAUCUGUAAUGUGAUGGCAAAU